GCAAGAUACAUGGAAAGGGACGAGGAGAAGACCUCGGAACCUCCUAGAGAAAUCAAGGAAAUACUGAAGGAGUUCCAAGACAUUCUUCCCGACGACCUCCCGGACGAGCUACCGCCAUACCGAACUAGGUUCGUGGAGGAACCAGGUUCGAAACUGACCUUCCGAGCACCAUAUCGGCUAAGCCCCACAGAACUAGCCGACAUGAAGAAACAGAUUGAGUAUCUCCUCGCCAAAGGACUCAUCCGACCAUCCACUUCGCCAUACGGUGCCCAAGUACUCUUCACACUGAAACCGAACAGAAGCCUGCGCAUGUGCAUCGACUACCGAGCUCUCAACAUGCAGACCAUCAGGAACAAAUACCCGAUUCCAUGAAUCGAUGACGUGCUUGACCAGCGUUAG